ACAAACCUUCAUCAUUACCGCAAUUGAGAACAAACGUAGACGAAUGUCAUCGCCUAGCUUGAAAUUGGAUGAUAAAAGUAAAAAUCCAAAUGAGCGGUUAGACUCACCACCAAGCAAGAAGGAGAAGACAGAGGUCAAUAGUAGUAAUAAAGAUGCUCCAAACACUACUAAAGAAGAUUCGCCGAAGAAAUCUGAUCCCUCACACGAUGACAAAAAGUCCGAGCACAACCAAGACAAGGGGGAAGACACUAAAGAGAACGUAGAAGAAGAAAAGAAAGAAGAAACAAAGCAAGAUGACAAAGAUGAAAAGCAAGAUGAUAAGGGUAUACCAGCAAAAGAGGCUAAAAAGCCAGAUCCUAGCAACCCACAAGGUAUAGUUGACAUGGAAACUUUUGGUCAAAUAUUAGAAAUGGAUGAAGACGAGAAUGAUAGAGACUUUAGCUCAGGUAUUGUAUACAAUUUCUAUGAGCAAGCCUUCGAGACUUUCAAAGAACUCGAUACCGCAUUGAAGGAGGAAGAUAUGCAUACACUCCACACUAAAGGACACUUCCUCAAGGGUUCUUCCGCUGCUUUAGGUCUCAUAAAGCUGAAGCAGAGCUGUGAGAAAAUACAAGUUUUUGGUAAAUUACAAGAUCCGAAGACACAGAAAGAGAUCUCAAAAGAUGAAGCAUUAAAGCAAGUAAAUGAAGCAUUAACUAGUGCAAAAGAUGAAUACUCGGAAGCUGAGGGUUGGUUGAAGGCGUUCUACGGUGAGUGAGAUCCCUCUCACUUGAACCAUCACCAACAAUGAAAUGUACUUUUAAAAUAUUAAAACCUUUAUUAAAUAGCCUUGAAUGGAAU